AUGACGAAGAUUGUCUCCAUCGCCGAGGAGGGGACGCUGAUGCCCAGAGAGAUGCGACCUGGUGAGCCUCCCCUGGACGUGGGCCGGGUCCCUUGGCUGGGCCAUGCCUUGGAGUUUGGAAGAGAUGCUGCCAGCUUCCUCACUAGGAUGAAAGAGAAGCAUGGUGACAUCUUUACCGUGCUGGUGGGGGGCAGGUAUGUCACGGUCCUCCUGGACCCACACUCCUAUGACACUGUGGUGUGGGAGCCGCGCACCAAGCUGGACUUCCACGCCUAUGCCGUCUUCCUCAUGGAGCGCAUCUUUGACGUGCUGCUUCCACACUACAGCCCUGGCGACGAGAAGGCCAAGAUGAAGCCGACUCUGCUCCACAGAGACCUCCAGGCGCUGACAGAGGCCAUGUACACCAACCUCCGCGCUGUCCUGCUGGGUGACGCCACGGAGGCGGGCGGUGGCUGGCAGGAGAUGGGGCUCCUGGAUUUCUCCUACAGCCUCCUGCUCAGAGCUGGCUACCUGACCCUCUACGGAGUCGAGGCCCUGCCACGUACUCCCCAGAGCCAGGCCCAGGACCGCGCACACUCGGCCGACGUCUUCCACACCUUCCGCCAGCUCGACCUGCUGCUCCCCAAGCUGGCGCGUGGCUCCCUGUCUGCGGGGGAUAAGGACCGCGUGUGCAGGGCCAAGGGCCGCCUGUGGAAGCUGCUGGCCCCAGCCAAGCUGGCCACCCGGGCACACAGGAGCAGCUGGCUGGACAGCUACCUGCUGCACCUGCAGGAGAUGGGCGUGUCGGAGGAGAUGCAGGCGCGGGCGCUGGUGCUGCAGCUCUGGGCCACCCAGGGGAACAUGGGUCCCACUGCCUUCUGGCUCCUGCUCUUCCUCCUCAAGAACCCGGAGGCCCUGGCUGCUGUCCGCCAAGAACUGGAGUAUUCCUUCUCGCAGCUGGAGCAGCCUGUCUUGCAGACGAGCGCCCUCCCGCAGAAGGCCUUGGACAGCAUGUCCGUGCUUGACAGCGUGCUGAGCGAGACCCUCAGGCUCACAGCCGCGCCCUUCAUCACCCGGGAGGUCAUGGUGGACCUGGCCUUGCCCAUGGCUGACGGGCGGGAGUUCGCCCUGCGACGGGGUGACCGUCUCCUCCUCUUCCCCUUCCUGAGUCCCCAGAAGGACCCGGAAAUCUACACGGACCCGGAGGUAUUUAAAUACAACCGAUUCCUGAACCCUGAUGGAUCAGAGAAGAAAGACUUUUACAAGGACGGGAAGAGACUGAAAAAUUACACCUUGCCCUGGGGCGCGGGCCACAACCAGUGCCUGGGCCGGGCCUACGCCACCAGCAGCAUCAAGCAAUUUGUGUUGCUGGUGCUGACGCACUUGGACCUGGAGCUGACCCACCCGGACGUGGAGGUCCCCCAGUUUGACCUCAGCAGGUACGGCUUCGGCCUGAUGCAGCCGGAACAUGACGUGACCAUCCGCUACCGCCUUCGCUAAGGCCGAGGUGGACAGCCAGGCCCACUCCAGCCAGCCUGCCCCUGCAGUCUGGGCUCCGUGUCUGCAUUUGGCCUGGGGGCAGAGUUUUAACACCCCAGGGUGCUGGCCUCACUACUUUCCUGCUUUUUUCCCUACAAGGCUGAGUCAGGAGGCUGUGGGGGAGAGGGGAGGGCGAGGAAGAAGAGGAGCUAAGAGAAAGCAAACAGACAUCAGAGGAGAAGCUCUAUGGACUGACUGCUGCGAGGAUUUACACCCAGAGAGAGCUUCCCUCUGCUUCUGGCUCACCUCGCUCUUGCCUUAUGAAACCCACAAAAUCCAGGCACACGAGGUGAACUAGGAGUCCUCAUUCCAGUAUCCCCAAGUCCUGGCAAGUCCCUUUCCAGGUCCUUCCUGAUGAGCUCCCGGCCAGAACCAGCCAGCACAGAUGCUAUACCUGGGGAAGGCCCAUUCUGACCUGGCAGCUUGUCCCUUGAAAUAAACUCUGCCCCCAAAUUAUCAUUCAGCCAAAGACAUCCCAUCCCACCUGGCUUCUUGGAUGCCGCUUCUGCUGGCACCUCCCUCUGCCUCGUCCUCACUGAUACUUGUAAAAGGCAGGUGGGUUUCCCCUGGCUGGUGUGCUGCAGUGCAGACAUGAACUCUGCCCAUGCUGGGCUGGGAGCAAGAGCAUGCUCUGGUCCAGAGUGAGGAGCUCUCCCGCGAGGGGGUUUCCCCAGGGUUGAGACUCAGGCAGGGAAUCAAGAAGACCGGCCCCCCAGGACGGCCGAUGGGAGGAAGCACCAGGACUGCUGUGGUCCAGCCAGGGAAAGAGGAGGUCCUGGUUUCCUGUUCUCUAGCUCAGAUGCUCCAGCUGUGGGCACAGCCCAGUCUGUAACCCAGCGUUGGUUGGCAUAUGCUUUAGUUGUUAUAUCCUCUUUAAUUCAAAAAGCGUUAAUUCAAAAUGUCCAGCUUCUCUUGAAAACUUGCAAAACCUAGUCCCAGGGGCAGCCACUGGCCGGAGCCAAGAAGCGGCUGCCUCCCUCACAGCCACGCGCCCGCCCGACCCAUGGGGCCUCUGCUCUCUCUGUCUGCGUCUCUGGGCACGGUACCCGCUGGGCCCUGAGCCAUUUGGCUUUGCGAGCAAGCCCUGUUGUGACUCUUAGACUUUGAACAAACAGACCAACAGUGAAAACAUGCUUUUGCAUCUAGCUUCAGAAAAAGAAAUCAGCUCAGCGAGAAACUGCCUGGAAGAUAUUAUUAUGAUGGUGAUGUCGUUAUUGACACCAGCUGCUAUCCAUUGAGGACCCUCUCACGGCCAUGAUGGGCACAGUGGACAUAGUAUUGCUACUUCUCACAGCAUGUCUAUAAAGAGAGGAAGGCUGUUUCUCUUUGCAGAGAAAAAAUGGGCCCAGAGUGGUAAAGCAAUUUGCCCAAGGUCCGCACAGCUGCCGAGAUGGUAGAAUUUGGUAGCACACUCGCUGCCCUGUCCACGGCAGUGUGAGUAAUGCUGCGCUCCUUGGGCUCGGGGUGGGAGAGGAGAGGGAGUUCUGUCUGGCUUUUGAGAGCUGACAGAGCUGCAGGCACCCCUGGGUGGGUGAGCUCGUGAGACACGGGCACUCACAUCGCCAGGGCCUUGUAGCUUAGGCUGAAGGGAGCUGGAGCUGAAGAUAUUGAAGUACAGCCUGGGAGAGAGAAGAGAGAUCUCUGAAUGUCCCAGGGGUGAGUCUCUUCUCUGAGUAGCACGAGGGCUUAGGGGCUUCCCUGGCCCCUCAGCCUCCAAGCACCCCCAGGAUUCCCAGACAGACUGUGAUUGGCAGGAGGUGGGAUAUCCCCAGGGAAACCCAUCUUCACGCCUGGGUGACCCCCGCUGCUGCCUGCUUCUUAACUCCGCAGGAAAUCAGGCUGGCAGCCUCCUUUGGGAGGAAGGAGCCGGUUUCCAUGGCAACCCUCUGCUGCCUCAUCCUGGCUGGAAGGGAAGGCAGAAAGAGGCAGAAAUAGCUGCAGGAAGAUGGCUGGUCUUGGCGUCCUCCCUGGCAUGCUGGGGGGACCCUCAGGAUGUCCCCUCCCAAAUCAGGGCUCCUGGGCCGCCAGACUAGAGUCUCACCUCCGUUCACAAAAGGGCCAAUUGCUUUUUAAGGCGGCCCCAGUCCAUCAUUAGGAAGAGACGAUUCUUCGACCAGGCAGCUCCAGCUGGAGUUGGAGAUACUGACGUACAGCUCAGGAGACCAUGAUUAAGCCCUCCCACCCUGUUUUCACCUUUAUUGCUUUUCAUUCUUCUUGGAAACAACAUAGGCUAUAGAGAAAAGUGGGGGAGGAGGGGUGAGCUCACACUACAGCCUAGCGGGGUGUCCAUGGCAUUGUAUUUUGUCAUGGCUUCCUUUAGAACCACAAACUGCAGGGUUUGGGGGGCUGUGCUCUUAGGGUGCCCUGCAGGCAUGCUUCCUCACCUGUCCUACUAUUUGGGGGGGGGUUAUAAUUUGUACUGUUGUUUACCAGGUGUUUUCCUUUAAACAGACUUUUUUUUUUUACAAAAGUUUAUUUUUACAUCAUUUUGUACAUUU